UUCGGUGGUCUGGUAUUUUUAAGUAUACGUUAUAACGUUUACUCUUAUCUACAAGCUUUCAUCAUGCUGGUUAAAGUUCAGUAUCAAGGUGUAAAGAAAUUUGUGAAAUUUCCCAGCGAUCGUACGUUCCAAGAUUUUCUCAAUGAUGUUAAAAGCAAAUUUGGUUUGGCAAGAACAGCAGCUCUUCAAGUCUUUGAUGACACUGACACCAAUGUGGAAGAGGACAUCUUCCAUGAAUUGAUCGAAGGCAGUCCACAUUUAUGCCUAACUGUAAGAUGUCCAGAAGAAGAUAUUACUGUUGGUUUGUCUGAUGAGUUUUCACCCACAAGAUCCUCAACCCCCAGCACAUGCACUGAUACUCUAUCACUCUCAUCAACUGACCAUGAAGAGACAGAGAGAGCAGUGCAAAAUCAAGCAGCAAUGGUCAGCAACAGUUUUAGCAUAGACGCUGAAAAGGCAAAACGGACUGUCCGAGAUGCACUGGAAAAAAAAUCAGGUGGUGAGGAAGUGCUUGAAGAAUACCAGACAACUAAGACUUUAAAGCACAGCACCAGACGUCAGCUUGUUAAUAUUGUUGUCAGUCACAUGACAGAGAUUCAUGGGAGGAUUCCCACCCGCAAACAGCGGGAAACUUAUGCUUUGGGCAUUAUUUCUCUCUUUCCUAGCCUGAAAGACCCAUUUUCAGCGAAGGGCUAUGAGCAUUUCUAUGAUCCGGAAAAGGGAACGGGGUUCAUCUCCUGGCGCCUUAAAACUUUGUCGAGGAAGAACCCAAAACGUGUUCGCUUGGAGAUGACUGAAAGUGCGGGACCAAGUCGACGAAGGAGGAUAGAUGAUGUGCAACAACUUGAAGGAGAUGCAUGCAGAGAGGCAAUUUCUUUCCUUGUCCACACAGCUGAUGAAGCUGAAGUUAUGCAGAAGAUGAAGGAA